GGCGCUCACGAUAAAUUCAUUCGAAUCUCAACAAAUCCAUACAAAAAGGACGUAACCAAAUUUUUUGUUAUUGUUUUUUUUGAUGAUUAUGUUAAUCAUCAUCAUCAAAAUCAGUUUGUUGAGUUGAUCAUGUCCACGAAAAAUAUUCCAUCAACCGGUUGUACAAAUUGUAAUCGUUUUCAAUCGAUAAUUGAUGAACAAAAAUCUAAAUUAAAUCUAUUGGAAACUCGAUUAAAAGAUUUAAUUCGUGCAUAUAAAUUAAUAACAAAAGAACGUGAUCAAUUACAACAAAAAAUAUCAUCAUCAUUAUCAACAUUAACGAUUAUUGAUAAUCAUGUUGAUCAUGAUCAACAACGACAACAACAACAAAAACGUAUUUCUGAAUUGGAACAAAAUGUUUGCCAUCUAAGUCGAUUAUGUGGUGAAUUAGAAACAGAUAGAAAACAUGAUCAAUUAAGGAUUAAAGAUCUUCAGGCGAAAUAUGAACAACUUUCGAAUGAAUCGGAAAAGAAUCGAACAAUAAAAUCAACGAUAAAUCAACCACCAAAACAAACAAUAGAAUCACGUGAUAAUUAUUGUCAAACAGAAAUAAUUUCCGAAAAAUUUGAACAAUCAACACAGACUGAAUCGCGAUUCGAUGUUGAUGAUCAAAAUGAAUCUUCAGUGGAUGUUAAACAAUUGGAUAAUACCAUGCCACAAUCAAAUACGAUCAUCAAUAAAAAUAAAAACGAAACAGCAAUAGUACAGCCAUUAAUGAGAAUCGAAUCAAAAUCAAAAUCCGAAUCAAGUGAUGGUUGUUCAUCAUCAAUAGUAUCGGCUAGUAGAAGAUCUUCAACGGCCAUCGAUCAUGAGUUUGAUUCGACAAAAAUUAUUACUUCUGAUCAUCAAUUUGGAUCAUCCGGAGCAACGCCGACAUCAAAUAUAUCAUUAUAUCAUCUGAAUGAAUUAGCGAGGAAAGAAUUAGAAUUAGCUGAUUAUCGUUUACGUUGUCGUGAAUAUGAAUGUUCUAUUCGUGAAUUACAAUGGAAUUAUUCAAAUGAUCGUUAUAAAUUUCAGGCAAGAAUAGCAGAUUUAGAAAAAUUGAAUAAAAAUUUGAUGGCAAAUAAUGAUAAUAAUCAACGAUUAAAAAAUCAUGAAGAUUCGAUUGGUGGUGUUAGUGGUCCAAAUAGUAACAAUAUCAAUGUUGCUUAUGUUAAAAAUGUAUUGAAUAAAUUAUUGAAAACAUCGGAUAAAAAUCAACAAAAAUUGAUGACCGAUGCAUUGAUUGUGGCAUUGGAUUCAAUGCAGACGAUGAACAAAUGAUGAAUUAUCAUUUUUAUUUUUAAAUAU